AUAUAGUAGGAAUGAAAUGAAAAACUUUGGUUUAUUUUCAUCAUCUCUAAAAAUUGGAUCUAUGAACUACAGUACAGUAGCAAGAAAGUGAGAGAAACAAGUAGAAAAAAAAAAGAGAAAAAACAAGAAAAAUAUUAGUAAAAAAGAGAAAAGUCUCUGAAAGAGAAGAGAGCUUUGACUCUCUUCUAUGGCAGAUUCAUACCUUAAAUAUUCAAUCUUUUUCAACUUUUUCCUUCAUUUUCUCCAUUAAUUGAUUUUCCCCAACUAAUUUUUAUUUUCUGGGUUUUCUUUAUUUCCAAAAAAGAUUAUAUCUUUUUUGCUUUUAUUGGUUCUUGUUGGUUAAACAUUAACCAUUUAUUAUUACUAGUCUUCUACCUCAUCAAGCAACCUACUUUUUUUUUUUUUUUUCCCAAAAUCACAGGAGAUUUCUCAAAAAAAAAAGUAUCUGAAUCUAAUUUCUUUCACUUACCCAGUUAUUUUUUCCUCUUAAUAUUUACUGGGUAUUUCUCAAAUCUUGAAAAAGAUAAAAAUUUGAUACAUGGGUAAUUGUUGUGCUUCCCCAGGUGGGGGAAAAACAAGCAAGAAAAACAAACCAAAUCCAUUUGCAGCUGAUUAUUCUGUGCAUCAAAGAUCUGAAAUUAACACAAAAGUGUAUGUUUUAAAAGAUCCUACAGGGCGUGAUAUUCACGCGCACUAUGAUCUUGGUAGAGAGCUUGGAAGAGGUGAGUUUGGGAUAACUUAUUUAGCAACUGAUUUAAGUAGUGGUGAAAAAUAUGCUUGUAAAUCAAUAUUGAAGAAGAAGUUAAGAACUAAUGUUGAUGUUGAGGAUGUAAGAAGAGAAGUUGAGAUUAUGAAGCAAUUACCAAAACAUCCUAAUAUUGUUACUUUGAAAGAUUCUUAUGAAGAUGAUAAUGCUGUUCAUAUUGUUAUGGAAUUGUGUGAGGGUGGUGAAUUGUUUGAUAGGAUUGUUGCUAGAGGUCAUUAUACUGAGAGAGCUGCUGCUCUUGUUACUAAGACUAUUGUGGAGGUUGUUCAGAUGUGUCAUAGGCACGGGGUUAUGCAUAGGGAUCUGAAGCCGGAGAACUUUCUAUUUGCCAACAAGAAGGAGAACUCAGCUUUAAAGGCCAUUGAUUUUGGGUUGUCAGUGACGUUUAAGCAAGGUGAAAAAUUUACUGAGAUUGUGGGUAGUCCUUAUUACAUGGCUCCAGAGGUUCUAAAACGUCACUAUGGUCCUGAGAUUGAUGUUUGGAGUGCAGGAGUUAUUUUAUAUAUCUUGCUGUGUGGUGUUCCUCCUUUCUGGGCAGAAACUGAACAAGGUGUUGCACAAGCCAUUAUUCGCUCAGUUGUCGACUUUAAAAGGGAUCCUUGGCCAAAAGUGUCUGAUAAUGCAAAAGAUCUUGUAAAGAAAAUGCUUGAUCCUGAUCCGAACAAACGGCUUACAGCCCAAGAAGUACUUGAUCAUCCUUGGUUGCAGAAUAUCAAGAAAGCUCCAAAUGUCUCCCUUGGUGAAACAGUGAAGGCCAGGCUGAAGCAGUUUUCUGUGAUGAAUAAGCUCAAGAAAAAGGCAUUAAAGGUGAUUGCUGAGCAUUUGUCAACGGAAGAAGUUGCUGGCAUAAAGGAGGCAUUUGAUGGAAUGGACACUGGCAAGGCAGGCAAGAUCAACUUGGAGCAGUUGAGGGUUGGACUGCAAAAGCUAGGACAUCAUAUUGCCGACGCAGACCUUCAAAUAUUGAUGGAGGCUGCUGAUGUUAGUGGGGAUGGAACGUUGAACUACGCGGAGUUUGUUGCUGUUUCAGUUCACAUAAGGAAAAUGGCCAAUGAUGAGCACCUACACAGAGCAUUCUCAUUCUUUGACAAAAACAAGACUGGCUUCAUAGAGGUUGAUGAGUUGAGGGACGCAUUGAAUGAUGACUGUGAUGUUGUUGCCAAUAACACCGAGGAAGUCAUCAACGCCAUCAUGCAUGAUGUCGACACUGAUAAGGAUGGACGCAUAAGUUAUGAUGAGUUCGCAACAAUGAUGAAGGCCGGUACAGAUUGGAGAAAGGCAUCUAGACAGUAUUCUCGAGAACGUUUUAACAGCUUAAGCUUAAAGUUGAUAAGAGACGGUUCGUUGACAGCCAACGAGGUCAAAUGAACCUAAUGGAAGUUUGAUUUGAGAAGAUGAUUUACAAGAUACCUAUUUUCUUUUGUUUUCUUUUAUUGGGAGAUUUUACUAGCUAAUCAGAGUAACUUCUGAAGAUAAAUUUUUUGCAUGCUUCACAUGGAAAACUUUGAUCUAAAAGAUUCUAUGGUGGAAGUGUGUAAUAUUCAAUAUCUAAUGUCUUUGUUAGGUGGUGAUAUUUUUUUUUUCCUGUUUUUGGUCUGGAAUUUGUGGGUAGUUGUAAUAGUGAACAAAAGAAAUAGUGAUUAGAGAGAUUAAAUAGGAUUAAGGUCACAAAUUUGUGGUUCAACUCAUGCUAUUGUAUUGUACAUAAUUUGGAAUUUUAAGGUUUCCAUAUUCAGAGAAAUUAUUCUAUCUACCAAAAAAGUUACCAUAUAUUAAGCUAUCAA